AUGAAUCCUCCACUUGAGCUGUUCGUCCUUUCAUGGGGUGUUUACCCACGCCGAGUUCUGAUCUAUCUUGCUGAAAAAGGCCUUCUCAAUUCCCCACUCAUAAAGAUCACUGAAGUUACCACUGAUAACACCGGAAAGUUAUCUGCGCCUGGUAAACCAAGCGGAUCAGCUCCCGUGCUACGACUUCCUGGUGGAUCAUUUAUCAAGCAAUCGGUCGCAAUCCUCGGAUAUUUUGAAGAUAUUUGCCAGGAUCCCAAGGAAGAUUGGGAGGUUGAACUUGCCAAGAACACCAACGGCAGUAUGAUAGGAGACACGGCAGCAGAAAGAGGCCGAGUUCGAGAUAUGUUGUCUCUCGCAGACGAAAUCACUAACCAGUUCGGCUUUGCUUGUCACAAAGGCACUGCAUUGUUCAAGGUGCUCGAAGAAACACAUCCUAUUACCGCGAAACUCAUGCUCGAGUAUUGCUACAAGAAUUUGAAACUGUUGGACAAGUACUACGAAGGUGACGGACGUUUGAACGGCAGCAGUGAUGGUGAUCGGAUCAAUGUCGCCGAUUGCGUGUUGUACUCGGCCUUAAACUUUGCCAAAGACGUGUACGGUUUCGACCUUCUGUCCGAUCCUGAGGUGGUUAACUUGCGAGCUUUCUACGAAUGGUUUGGAAAGAGGGAAAGUGUCCAAGUGGGGGAUGAUCACCAUGUCCCAGGGUGGAUCAAAGAAUUGGCUAGUCAGUGGCUUCCUGUAGAAUGA